CGUGGAUGCGGUUUUUUUAAUUAGAAAUGUGUGCAAUUUUAAAUAAGGUGGUAUGGGCAGCGAAAAUAUAUUAAAAGAAUAUUCAGAUUCUAUUAAAUCAUUAAGGAGAGAAUGCCUGGAUGGUGGUUUAGAGGAAGAAGCAUUUCGUGAAUUUUAUUUUGAAUCUCUAAAAUCACUUGAUUCCUAUCAGCAACUAAGAAAUGAAAAUCGACCCAUGUUAACAACAAAGUUAAAAUAUUUAGUGAUAGGCAUGCUUGUCUUGGGAAUUUGUAUUUAUAAUUUCACAGCUGUGUAUGCCUGUAUUGUAUGUAACUUACAAGAUUACAUUUAUCCCGGCUUACGUCUGUUGAGAAAAUUAUCUAUUCCAUUCAUCUCAUUAUUCCCUUCUUUAUCAGAAUAUUAUCAUGAAACAUGCUUGAUACAAAACCCAUUCUUUACUGUAGCAGAUAUGGACUGCUGGCCAUGUAGCACAGCCAGUAACGUUAGAGAAAUUUACAAUCCUUCAGAAUCUGUUAACAUGCAACAGAAUACACCUUUUAUAUACGCAACAGAUCAACAAAUAAUAGACAUGACAUUUCUUAAAGAUAUCUAUUUUAAAAAUAAACAUGUGUUUGAUAAAGAGGCUACAAAAAUAUUAGUUGACAACAGUAAACAUUAUACUACUUCUAAUGAAAUGUUUACACAAGGGCAGCUUGGGGAGGCAUUGUAUAUAUGGAAAAUAAACAGUAUGCCACUUGCAAGACUUCUAAGACAAUACAUUCCUAGACCUAAAAUUGUUCCCAAAUUUGGACAAAGUACUGAAAGAUUCAUAUUAAUUGACUCAAGUCGAAAUAAAUUUAAAGUACCUGAUACAGAAUGCACUUUUUCAUUUCUCCUAUCUCUAAGUGGUAACAGAAAUAUUGAUUUAGAACCUGCUGAAGAAUGUAAACAUCAAUGUAAAUCAUUGAAAGUGGAACUAAGAGAAUCAUAUUUAUUAUGGUACAACUGGUGGUAUUGGAGACCAGUUGUCCAAUCAACUUCUAGCAAUGUAACAUUUAUAGCUCACCUUGGAUCCUAUUGCUGAUAGUAAAAUAAAGAAUCUGUUGGAAUGUACAAAACACCAAUUUAUUAACAUAAAUUAACAAAAAUUAAAUAAAAUUUGC